GCUCCACUGCGCCUCAGUGUGUGAGCCGGUACCGGUGUCCUGACCUGCAGCAAACUUGAAGUCUUCUAAAGUGCAACUCAGAGUUUCACAUCAACUUAAAGUCCAGCUCCAAGUUUCUUUUCGGACUGCUCCAUCAUGCGUCUCCGGUUCGUCCUCUGCGUAAUGCUCGUCUGCCCGUGCCUGCUCGCCGAGGCGCGGAUCGCCAAACGCUUCGCCAUCGGCUGCCCGGAGAAGUGCGACAAGUCUCAGUGCGCGCCCAUCCCCGCCGACUGUUUGGCCGGGGACGUGCUGGACCGCUGCGACUGCUGCCCGGUGUGCGCGUCCGGAGAGGGCGAGCAGUGCGGUGGCACCGGAGACCGGGAAUGCGCAGAGGGGAUGGAGUGCGUGGUGACCGACGGCGUGGAGGUGUCUGCCACGGUCCGGCGGAGGGGCAAGGCCGGCGUGUGCGCGUGUACAAGCUCCGAGCCGGUGUGCGGCAGCGACGGCGUCUCGUACCGGAACAUCUGCGAGCUGAAGCGCGUCAGCAACCGGGCGAUGAAGCUGCAGCAGCCGCCGGUGAUUUUCAUCCAGAGAGGCGCGUGCGGGAAAGGUCAGCAGAACCCCGACAGUCUUCGUUACAAGUACAACUUCAUCGCUGACGUGGUGGAGAAGAUUGCACCUGCUGUGGUUCAUAUUGAACUGUACCGCAAGAUGAUAUUUUCUAAGCGGGAGGUGGCUGUAGCCAGUGGCUCCGGGUUUGUUGUGUCGGAGGACGGACUCAUUGUCACCAACGCCCAUGUGGUAGCCAACAAGCACCGAGUAAAGGUGGAGCUGAAGAGCGGAGCCACGUACGACGCCAAGAUCAAAGAUGUGGACGAGAAGGCCGACAUCGCUCUGAUCAAGAUCGACACUCCGAUGAAGCUGCCGGUGCUGCUGCUCGGCCGGUCGGCGGACCUUCGUCCUGGCGAGUUUGUGGUCGCCAUCGGCAGCCCAUUCUCCCUCCAGAACACCGUCACCACCGGCAUCGUCAGCACCACCCAGAGGGGAGGCAAAGAGCUGGGCCUCCGCAACUCUGACAUGGACUACAUCCAGACGGACGCCAUCAUCAAUUACGGCAACUCCGGAGGACCACUAGUCAAUCUGGAUGGAGAAGUGAUCGGCAUCAACACUCUGAAGGUCACUGCGGGAAUCUCCUUCGCCAUCCCCUCAGACAAGAUCAGACAGUUCCUGGCAGAGUCGCACGACAGACAGGCCAAAGGUAAAGUGUUCCAGAAGAAGAAAUACAUCGGCGUCCGAAUGAUGAGUCUCACUCCGACGCUGGCUAAGGAGCUGAAGGAGAGGCAGUCAGACUUCCCAGAUGUCACCUCUGGGGCGUAUGUCAUUGAGGUCAUCAGCCAGACUCCAGCUGAGUCAGCCGGCCUGCAGGAGAGCGACGUCAUCAUCAGCAUCAACGGCGAGCAGAUCACCUCGGCCAGCGACGUCAGCGCCGCCAUAAAGCGGGACGAGUCGCUGCGAACGGUGGUGAGGCGAGGCAACGAGGACAUCAUCCUCACCAUCGUGCCCGAGGAGAUCGACCCUUGACGUCUCAGCCGACGACUGAGCAUCAACAACUCAACACCAAUCCCGAGCUGGCUCUCAGUGUUUUUCAACCAAUCAUGAACACUUUGAAAAACCAAGCAAACCAAUAGGUGUGUGUGUGUGUGUGUGUGUGUUUGUGUGUUUGUGUGUGUGUGUGUGUGUGUGUGUGUGUGUGUGUUUAAGAACUUGUUCUACUACUCUUCCAUGGUUUGAUGCUCACACACCUUCACAGGUCCGUCUUCACCGCCCUGGAACUGAAGCUUCAUCGCUGUCAUCAUACGUCUCUUAUUAUUAGUUUGUCAUCACAGACCGUUUAUAUCGUACUAACCCGUCUGUCGCUGGUUACUGCAGGUUACCGUAGUUCUGUUUCAUUCUGUGUGUUCUUGAUGGAAUAUUUUU